AGGACUAUAUUUUUCGAGUUACGUCCUCAUGUUGCUACUUUCAUCCCUCAAUAUUGCUAAGCAUAGUGUUAUAAUGUUAGAUCUAGUAACUGCAUCAGGAAGCAAAAUAAAACGGCAACAGGUCCAUUAUGGCAGCGCUAAGGGAUAGAGUACCAACAAGAGAUCUAACUGAUGAUGAAUUUCAAAAGCUUCUUUAUAAUAUUGAUAAAAAUCUUGAAGAACAAGAACUACUUAUUUUAAAGUACUUGUGCCGUGACAAAUCUAUUAAACUUAAGUAUGGACCGCUGGAGAACUGUAAGAACUGUCUUCAAUUAUUUGAUUUGCUGCAGCGACGCGUAUAUCUCAACAAAGGAAAUUUGAACCUCCUCAUUGAGCUUUUGUCUUACAUAAAUUGUACCGAGUUAAUUGACAGAAUAGAAGAAAAAUGUGGAACAAUCGAAAAGAAAAAAAUAGUAUCUCUUUACAGAAGGAUGGUUUUGGAUUGCUUAUACUUGAUUAGUGAUAGUGAGUUUGAUCAAUUUAAAAGCUACACGAGACGUGUAUUAGGAGGUUCUAUGGAAAAACUCAAGUUUCAAAUCCAAAUGAUGAAUGCCCUUGAGAAGAAAGGUUGCAUAGGACCCGAGAAGGUGGACUACCUACUGGAAAUGUCUGAACAGCUAGAAAGAUCAGACAUGAGUCAGGAAGUAAAACGCUACCAACGAGAGAUAUUAAUCGGAAGGUACAAAAUGGACAGCAAACCACGUGGGUUUUGUGUGAUCAUCAAUAACAUGGAUUUUUCAAAUUCAGAAACAGUUUCUCUUAUGCAUCGAAUGGGCUCUGAUAAAGAUAAAGAAAAGCUUGAAGAAACAUUUAUUAACAAUCUGGGGUUUACUGCAUGGGAGAAAAGUCCAACCGACAACUUAACUGCUGAAGAAAUGAGACGUGUGAUGGAUGAAGUAAGUAAGGAAGACCAUUCAGAGUUUGACUGUUUUGUGUGCUGUAUCCUGAGUCAUGGCAACUGUGGGAAAGUCACUGGUGUUGAUGGAAACCCAUGUGAAAUCAUGGACAUUGCUAGAAUUAUGAGCACUUCGAACUGUCCAAGUCUUGCUAGCUAGCCUAAACUGUUUUUUAUACAGGCAUGUCAAGGUGGAAAUUACGAUGAUAAAUUUGAUUUUAAAAUGUAUCUAAAUAUUAAUAGUUCUAGUAUUACUUACGAUAAUGACCCGAGUGGUGACAGUCAAUUUAUACCUGAAGAUGCUGAUUUCCUCUUUGCUUUUGCCUCAUCUCCCGGAAGAAAGGCAAAGCUAAAUAUGGAAUCUGGAUCUGUCUACAUGAGUAAGUUGACAGAAAUUUUAAAUAAUCACUAUAAAGAUCUUCACAUAAAGAGUCUGUGAGGAAGAUUAUGAAGAAGAAAGAAAAGUGCAAGGACAGGUUCCAGCACCACAGUUCACACUCACUAAGAGCCUAUACUUCACUUAAAAUGUAAAAUACACUUCACUUUUAAAUGGCAAAAGUGAUUAUUCUGUGUUUUUUAACCUCAGGCAUAUGAUUUUUCUAUAUCAAUUCCACUUUAUAUUGAUUGAAUCAAGGACAUUAAACUUUACCAGGGUAGGAAGCUUGCUGAUCUCGCACUGCAUGCCUGAACUGUAUUGUUGGUCAGAAGUAUUUUGAGAAGAAAAGAUGGUGGGAUAAAUCAUAUAUUUCUUCUUGUGUUAAACUGUGUUUACCCAACUGUAGGUCUUAAAAUAAUCAAACAUUAGCAUAAAGUAUGUAAAAAAAGGAGCAUGAAACAAAAGGAAAAUAUAUUGCUCACAAAAUGCUAAUAUUUUAUCAUUUUUAAGACCUACCUUGGUUUAACACAUUUGAGAUACGAUGCAGACCUUGCCUAAAGACAACAGCAGGCACCAACGAUAGAGUUCAGGCAGGCAGUGCAAAAUCAGGGAACUUCUAGAAUUUACUACAGUAUGUUUUUAUUGCCAUCCUUACAACAUUGGCAUUUAUGUGCAGAUCCAUUACUGUAUCUCCAUAUGUUGCUUAUUAAUUUUAAUAUUUUCAAUAGUGUAAAUCUGUUUUUGAAUUAAACUGAUUGUUAUAGUAUUUUUAAUUAUUUUAACUAUCAAAUUAAAAAAAACCCCAUGUUAUUGCAUUGUAGUUAAGAUUUUAAUAUGUUUUGAUAGAGGGUGUCAUUUUUGCUGUUAGAUCUACCAUCUCAAAAAUUGAACAAAUAACUAUAUUGUAAACAGAUCAUAGUGUAUAGUAUUUUUAUACAUAUAUUAUGCAUACACACACACAUAU